UUUUUUAAAGCAGCAAUUAGCCUUUUAUCUGAAGUUCCUAUAAUAAUAGAAAUGGAUGGCAAGCAUAGAUCUUCUGAACCAUUCCUUCUCUCGUAUAUUAAUUGCUUUUUUUCUACUUUACUUGUUGUUCCGGAUCAUCCCGAACAAGAGCCUUUAUAUCUGAUCUGCGGAUUACUGAAAAUGAUUAACGAAUAUAAUUGGGAAGCUAAUAGUGAUGCCCGAAUAAACCUUUAUUUAAAUAUGCUUAAUCUGUUAUCAGCAGCUUCUCAAGAGUCAUAUAUUUAUCAUAUUGAAGGAGUUGAUUCUAAUGAUGCUUUAUAUGGGGGAGAUGAAAAAUUUCUUUCUGAAGUAAAUAAAUUAUGUUCCUUUGUUAUUGAUAAAGUUCUGUCAUAUCUCAAGUUUCUUGGUGACAAAGGGUUAUCAAAGCGCCAAUCUAAUUUAGCUUUGGAAUUAUUAAAUCGUAUAAUUACUUUUGGUGAUCUAAACAAUACUUCUCUCGCUACGUUAGCUUAUAAUUUGUGGACUCUUGCCCACCGUCACGGGCAUUAUGAUGCAAAAUUUUCAGUGCAGACUCUUCAAUCAAUCAAAAGAAAAUCAGCUAAGCUUGGAGACAAGGCUUAUGCAGAUCUCAUUAAUAAACUACAAAUACCAACAUAUUAAGCUAGUUCUGGAGAGGAAAAGUAAUAAAUUGUAUAAUUAUUUAUAUUGUUAUAAACUGUGUAAAUGCCGAUGGAUUCUAAUAAAUAUUU